UUGAGAGACUGGGAACGCACAUGAGCCUCCUCGACGUUCCUCUCGCACUCCUACUUUGUCUACCUCCAGUCCUCUUUCCCGGAAUAAGCGCUGUUCUUCCACGGCGGAGAGGAGGUUCGUUUCGCCUCUCCCUUCUGGUGCUGUUCCUGCUGAACUUCGUGAUAUCGUCCUCUUCCUUUCAUCAAGGGGUCAGCCCGCAAUUGCUUUCUUAUACUGUACAAUAAAGACUUCUUAUUGUACCACCAGCCGAAAUCACAUCACCAUGCU